UUUAAAGCGAAUGAACAGUCACAACACAACCAGCCAGUUGAACACUGCAACGGAAAAUGGCGCUUAAAAAUUUGUUUGUACUUUCUAUUGCCGCAUUAGUAAUUCAUACAAGUUAUGCUGCUCCCACUUCAGAACCCUCCCAGCCAAGUUAUGUUCCCUUUGAAUCACGCAACGUGGAUGAGUUAGCCAAAUAUUUGCUAGACAUAACCAUCCACAGAUAUGAUGCCAAAGCGCCAAUUGUCGAAACUCAAAUAAGACAUUUUAUGGAUGCCCUGGAUAUGUUGAUUGCCGAAUCAGCCGAUGAUAGUGUACAGCUUAACAACUACAAGAGAGUGCUGGAGGCCGCCAAGACUACUCUGAAAGCCAUAAAGGAAGAUUCUGAAAAAUGUGGCCUGUAUUUGGUCACAAUGUCUAAGCUGCAUCGUGUCACCAGUCUGGUUGAGGAAUUGAAGGGUGCACUUUUGUGGAAUUUUUGGACAUUAUCGAAUAUUGAUGAGAGAACAUUGUUUGUCACUCUAGGCCAUCAUGUGCAUAAUUUAGAGGAAUACAAAAAAUCAAAGAAGUUCUUCGCAGAAAAUUCACAACUUGCCACAGAAGCCAAAGAGAAGGCUGAACAAUUUGUCAAUGAAAAUUGUCCCAAUUAUAAAUCGCAUUAUACAGACGCAGCCAUAUCUCAUUAAAGUGAUUCAUAUGAAAAAAAAA